UCGGUUCGAGUCCUCCGCGUCGUCCUGUAGCCUGUGUGUUUGGAAAAAGUAGUUGUGUGGCCUAUGCUCUAAGGUGAAAAAUAUGCAAGGGUUCAGUGAAAAGUGAUUGGGAGGUAGUGGCGACGAAGACAGACUGGAGGGUGUUCGCAGAAAAUCGUGAAGAUAGUGUCGGGCGCUGUGAAACCUUCUCACAAGGAUUAGAGGCGACAUCAUAAUUGUAAACGUAAGGAGCACCCCAUCCUGCUCGUCUCCAGCUAUCGGAAAUUGAUGCGGUUGCAGAUAUCCCACAACGAUGUCUAACUGCACAAGCCUCCACCAACCAUUUCCAUUCAAAUCAUGCUAAAAUGUAGAAGAAGGAUAUGAAAACCGACAAGGAUCAUUGUCCGAAUUGGCGAAAUGAUGCGACGACAUAAAGUAAGACGACGCGAACUGUAUCGCGGCAAGAGGUUGUCCACUGUGGCGAGGACUCUUCACGAAUCAACAUCACUGACACAAUGACAGGUGAUAUGGCUGUGCUUCUAAACGACGAGGACUCGCUGGUGGCUGAUUUUCUGAACUCGACUGGCUUCAAUGUUUCUAUGACAACGUCCAUCGCUGAACGCAUCGAGGAUGCUCGGCCUAAUUGGUUGGAAUUUAGUGUUCUCUUCAUUAAGGGUGUGAUCUUCAGUACAAUCAUUAUCUCCGCAGUUUUAGGCAAUGCUUUGGUUAUCAUAUCUGUUCAACGAAAUCGAAAACUAAGGGUAAUUACAAACUAUUUCGUUGUGUCGCUGGCAAUGGCAGAUAUGUUGGUGGCACUUUGUGCCAUGACAUUCAACGCGUCUGUUGAACUGUCCGGCGGAAAGUGGCUAUUUGGACCGUUCAUGUGCAACGUGUGGAAUAGUUUGGAUGUUUAUUUCUCGACAGCAAGUAUCCUGCAUUUGUGCUGUAUCUCAGUGGACAGGUAUUACGCCAUUGUGAGACCUCUGGAGUACCCUCUCAACAUGACACAUAAGACUGUUUGUUUUAUGCUAGCGAAUGUGUGGAUACUUCCAGCCUUGAUAUCAUUCACGCCUAUAUUUUUAGGCUGGUAUACGACUGAUGAUCAUCUCCUUGAGAUGUCAGCCCAUCCCGACGUUUGUAAUUUCGUAGUUAACAAAACGUACGCGAUAAUAUCGAGUUCAGUUAGUUUUUGGAUUCCUGGGGUUGUGAUGAUAACUAUGUAUUUAAGAAUUUACAAAGAGGCGGUCCGUCAGAGAAAGGCACUAAGUAGAACUAGUUCAAAUAUUUUGUUGAAUAGUGUACAUAUGGCACAUACGCAACACAACAUGCACCACACGCAUCAUAUGAACUAUGCACAUCCCAGCGAUUGUGAUCUUAACUUAACAUUGACGCAAUUGACACGCGAGGACAGUCAUAGUGCAAUCAGUAAUUUAGAGGAGCUACCGCCAUCUGGGAAAGAUGACCUAGAUGAACUGCGGGUUCCAUCACCCCCGCAACGUCGUCUCAGCCGCAGCAGUAUUGACUUGCGCGACUUAGAACUAGAACGACAUGAGAAAGUCACGCAUACUGACAGCGCGCCUUCCAUGAUUGCCCUACAGUUUGACAAAUAUCUGAAGCCCCCGCCCUUGGGUGAAACUCAUAGUGCACGAUUCAUUCUAAAGCCUUUGCCAAAUUUUGACCAAUCUAAGAGUGAAAAUGUGGAGGCUGUGAGUUCCGAUUCGGUGCAUGGUAGCAAUGAAAAUCGUCUCGAGGAUAAUCCUCAGCGUGAGCAAAUUGUUCCCAUUGAGGAAGACAAUCAAGAGUUGAAACGAUUCAUCGAACAGAAUUAUUUAUACUUUAAAAAGCAAAUCAGCGCGCACCAUAUUGAUAAGGUCAAAGUCGCCGCACUAAGUGAAUCUGACUUUAUAGCGAUGAAGGAUAGUGACUUUGUUUUGCAGGACGAAAAGUUUGUCAUCGCUAAAAGUAAAAAGAUAUUCGCGCUGAGCGAUUCGGAAUUCCUGCUCUCCAUCAGCGGGAUUGCAAAGAAGUCCUCCAUGAAAGCCGACGGCAGCUCAUCGAAGGGGGUUCUGCGGACACUACUUUCGAAGGCUAAGAAGAAUGGGGACUAUUUGGGGCUAGAGAAGUUGGAAACAGGGGAAAAAGAGAGAGAUGAUGAAGACCACGGAAAAUCUGGAAUUUUCAGAAGGCAUAAAAAUAGAAAACUGUCACGUUCCUACAAUGGGGUGGGGAUCUCGAGUAGAAGGCGGCAACGGAUGGAUAGUGAUACAGCCGACGAUUAUGAAGGGGUAAUCUACCUCCCACGAAUGCUUAGCGAGGGACAUGAAAGUGAUGCCCAUACUUCAGCUCUGCAAAAGCAAAAAACCCCCGACAUUCUUCUGGAUCUCCACGAUCUAAAUGAAAGCAAUAUUAAAACAACACCAAAAUCUCAAUCGAAGCAAAAAGAACUCACCGAGUCGGGAUCACGGGAUCCCGUCGAAGAGCUCAUCAUUUUCGAUUCCGAUUCUGUUGUCGUUCAGCAUGGAACCGAUAACGAUAUACUUAACGUUAACAAUAGCCGUACUCAAUGUGAUACUUUAGAACGCUCUUUAGACGAUAUUUUAACGGCCCCCGGUGAUCUCAAUGAACUAGUUAAGCAAUCUAGCAUAGCCGAUAACGAUAAUCAAGUAACGUGUAAUAAUAACCUUAAUAAUAGCAAUAGUGAUCAAGUGUUCGUUAGUAACAAUAAGUUUAUAAUAUCUCCACCGACGACUCCUAGCUCGGGAAAGUUCACGAGCCAGUCGAUGACGCUGCAGCAGCUUCAGCAGCAGGGCGUCUACUAUCUGACGCCCACCAUGAACCCCCAGGUGAUGAGUGAUGCUUCAACAAUCUCAUUAGACGUAGUUACCGGCUCCUCCCCAGUACCGUAUAAUGUUGGCAACAUAUCGCCUAAGCCAGAAAUCAUUUUGGAUUCAACGCUGUCGCCAACUUCUUUGAGGAACUCCUUCGCUGCUUUGGGUCUGGGCGAAGAGUCCGAGGAUGGGAAAGAAUUGUCGCCGAUUAAUUCAAGACUGGAGAGAAAUGGGAAAUUCGACGAUGGAGCACCAAAGGUGCGAAAGAGGCAGGCAUCUGUUGUGACGUACGAUGUCAACGUCAUAAACUUCUCGCAGGACAAUGGUGAAGGGCGGAGUUACAUCGCAAUGGGUCGACAGUCAACAAGUUCAGCAAGUCCUAGACUGCGAGCGUCACUACAUCGUCGCGGAGGCUUUUGUAUUGUAGUUGAUGAAGAGCAGAUCAUGAAUUCCUCCGCGUCGAAAAGAAGAACUUUCAAAAGGAAAAAGAGCGGAUCCAAACGUGUUUCCUAUGAUCUCGGCAGUUCUUUGAGUAAAGACGCUGAUAAUGGGAACAAUGAUGAUACUGAUGGCGACCGCAGUCCAACAGCACGAAGGAGUUUCUGGCAGCGAAAACGGAAACGUCCUGAAUCAAAUCGUCAACUGGCUUGUGAUAGUUGCGGAGAAAUGGGCCAAGGUGGUUCGAUGCGCCCUACCAAGGGGUGGCGAGCGGAGCAUAAAGCUGCAAGGACUUUAGGCAUUAUUAUGGGAGUAUUCUUACUAUGCUGGCUGCCAUUCUUUCUAUGGUACGUGAUAACGUCGCUGUGCGGAGAAGCCUGCCCCUGCCCGGAUGUUGUGGUUGCUGUGCUCUUUUGGAUAGGAUAUUUCAAUUCAACGUUAAAUCCCCUGAUUUAUGCCUACUUCAAUCGCGACUUUCGAGAAGCCUUCAAGAAUACACUCGAGUGUGUGGUUCCAUGCUGGCGAAAGAAGAACCCAUAUAGCGCCUAUUACGUAUAGCGGCCUCCGUGCUCGUAACGGGAGCAACCGCGUUCACCUCAUCCUGCUAAAGAAGAGGAUUGCUCCCAUCAAGCGAGAUUAAAUUCGUAUAACGUUUUAUACUGCGAAAAGAGAGUUUAAGGAGAUGAGAUAGGGAGCAACGAGCCACAAAGACUUAAUCAAUAUCAGCUUGUAACUAUCAAUCAGGAUCAUCGAAGCAUGUAUGCAUGCAGCGUACGCUCCGCGACGGAUGUGAAGAUGGAUGCUGCUACUUUAAAACUGUCGGAGUCAAGUGUAACUCUUUAAGGAGCACCGAGUGCCAUGCAAUAGCUCCUCAUUUAUCCUACCAGAUGUUUUAAAUCUGAAGCUUUAAUUGUUCACAAAUUGUAUAUACAUAUACAUUGAUAGUAUAGCAUUACUUCCCCAGAAGCCCGGAAUCACAUCAGAUUCCGAGCGUGUUAGAAAGAAGGAUUUGUGUAUGAACAGAUGAAAUAUAAUCACGUAGCAGUUCGGAUAUGGAAUUAAAUGAUGGCGAAAAUGUACCAUUUUGUAAAUACCUGUGAAAAUUCAAGCACAUUUACGAAAUAAGCCUCUAAUUUAAGGCGGUUAGAAUAGGUGUAGAUUAAGGGAUUGAAGCUGCGAGUGGUAUUCGGAAGUCUUCCGUGCAUGAUUUAAUAUGUAAGUACAUUGGAGUUUCAGAAAUUUGGUUUCCAUUGAAAUAAUAGACGCAAGCUGUGAGCGGGAAAUGGAGGCCAUGUGAAAUCUGAAUCUGUCAUAAAAUAACUAAAAUAUGCCAAUUUGCAGAUUAAGUUGAAGAGCGCUGUUUUGAGUUUAAUUUAAUUUAAUUUUGUCAGUAUUAGCAGAAUUUCUAGGGAACCCUUACAAUUUUUUUAUUUCUCUAAGAAUUUUGAAAAAUGUCUCUUGAAGAGCUGAAAAUCGAAUACUCUCACUAGACAAACCUCUUGAUGCGAAGUUUUAAUCUUUUGCGAAUUCUUGCUCGUCUUUCUCCAACGGUUGAAAAAAUGUGUAGGAGCUAAAUACCAAACGCUCUCAACGAAUGCAUUUGUGUAGCUAAUUUAGAAGAAUCUUCUCUGUGGGUCAGUAAUUCAGUAAAGGAUGUUUCACGUGAGUAGUACGUAUUGAUUUUUAGAAAGUUGUUGUACCACGUUAACGAGGCGAUUUAUGUAUUCUGCUGGCACGUUUUCCUUAACAGUGAUAAGAAGGUCAAGUGAUACCUAUAUCACGCAGAUAUCUCGUUUGGUUCUAUUUUGAAACACUUUGGAGAAGAGACUUUCUUUCAUGGUAGAAUCCAUACUACGAACAGAGGAAGAGCAAAAGCAGGUGAAACAAAAAUAAAUAAUUUCGUAGCCACUUUGACAUUGCUAUACUUGACACAAUCGGAUUGGCGAUGACGUGAGUGAUUGUAUCCUUGUAUUGUAAUUCCGAUGAACACUUGGCAAAGCAUUUAGAAGAAAGCCACUACACUUCGGAUUCUAGAAAGAUUCUAUUUCAAGUUAUCAAAAUGGAAAAAAUAUAUUUCAAUUUGGUUUCUCAGAAAUACUGCCUACUACAAUCAUCUCAUUAAAAAGGUUUAUUAGUAGGAACACGGAUUUGGAAUCUCUUUAUCACGAAAUUAGCAUUUGGAAGCAUUCUGUUAAGCUAAUACUCAAAUCAUUGUUUUUUCUUUAAAUGACUGAAUUAAAAACAGGCCAUUGAAGGAGUAUGCAACCAGGGCCGUAGAGAGGAAAUUAGGGCCCGAAGUGAAAAUUACGCUAAAAAGUGCGCUCGGGGUGAAAGUUAUACGGAUCUGGAUUAAAAUUAUGCUGGGCCUCAAAUUACCCUUUUUUCAAUCAAAUUAAUAUUCCCGACUCCCGAUAAAAGUUCGGGCCCGGGGAAAUCCCCACCCACCUUUCGACAGGCUUGGCUGCAACAUAAAAUGAAGCGCCAUCAUAUCCAAGCGAUUUGCGAACUUUUUUCCCGAUUCCGAUUGAUGUUGGAACAACUCGGACCUUGGCUUCACCUCUUCCAUCCGUUUCAAACUUAUGACUUCGUGCUUCAUUUCGAAGAGUCAAAUUUUCAGCAUGAAUUAUGCCCUCAAACCCCUUUCGUUGCAUUCAGAUGACUUAUUUGAUGCUUGUUUGGGUGAAAAUAACCAUCAGUUCCCAUGAAAGAAGAACAUCGGGUCCGCAAUAUGUAUAUUGUAUAAGGUAUUACAGGAAACAACGACUGAAGAGGUGGAAAAGUCCACCAGGCAGCAACAAAACUGGAAAAGAGUAUUAACAUCAUGGAAAAUGCCGCGUUCUUGAAAAUUGAAAAUUCAGAGGCAGUUAGGGCGGCUUACAUAGGAAAAUUUCUUAAAGGAGAGGCAUCGGGCAAAUUUGCGUUGUACCCUCCAUGCUUGCUUCGUUGAAGUUGAGAAAGUUGAAGAGCUUCUUGCUCUUCCAAAACCAAAGAGGGUUUUGUAAAAAUCAAAAUAAUUCGAGUCGGAUAGGCAAUAUGACUCUGGAUUAGGCACCAGACUUCUAGAAAAGUGCAACCGUUGCAAUUCUGAAGUGGCGUGGAAGACACAUGAGAGACUCUCCCCGAAAUGACCACCCCCGAUAUUACUAAAGCUGACAUUGAAAUAGCUCUUGAAAAGGCAGGUAAGUGAAUAGCUUACACUCGACACAAUAGCUGUAAAGUAUGCUGUCCACUAAAAAUUAAAUAUCUCGGUAGCCCGCAUCAACUGUAAAUCGGCCAUUGACAGCCUAUUACAUUCGCGGCUUCUACAAUUGUUACGCGUCUACAAAAUUAACCCAAAUUUGGUACUUCUCAUUAAAACUAGGGGCUUCGUCCCCUUAUUCGGUUUCUUGGCAUAUAUUGAAUGAAAUAUCAAUUAGGAUUGUAGUCUACCAAGACAACCCUCUAAGCAUACUGAGGUUUUGUUUAGCCUUGAAUCCGUUGCUCCAUUUUUUACAAGGAUGCAAAUACGGAUUCCAAACUAAACGUGGCCCCUUGGCUCUUUGCUAAACAUUACCAUCCACUUCAGUAGAAAUAUCGACAUGCAGUUCGGUUUAGAGAAAUGUCGUACGAAAAUAAUUUUUCUGGGAAAAGACAACGACCAUGAAGGAUACAGCCACAAUGACAUCGUAAAUGAUGCUUUUCCCAAGCAGGGGAUGGGAUCCCAUAUCGAACAGAAGAUCGACAUGUAGAAAGAAAAAUCUAUUCACGGAAGAUAUAUGCUGCAGGCCUUGACAACGAAAUCUCCAACAAAUAGUUGACUAGUCUCCGUCGACUCCGAUGGCGCACGACGUCUAGGCCUGCCUUAGUAAGGAACUCUUACCAAUUCGUUAUUCCUAAAUGCUGUCUGGCGUCUGACGUUGCCACCAUGUAUUUCACCUGGCUUUCAUUACUGUGCAGCCUAAGAUCACCGAUUGCCGCCUCCUCGAUUUACAUGAAAGUAGACUGUACCUCUCUACUUGUUCUUCCCAUAAUAUCAAUAUCGUCACCAUGGGCGUAUAGUUGGAUGGACUUGAAGACGAUGAUGUUUCUCGCCUUUACCUCAGCACUUAUCCCAGGACCAGCUUAGAGAGGAUGCACAAUUUCUUCUUGAUGGUGAAUGGUCUCGUGAGUGAUUCUGCUGCUUUUGUCUGGACCCGCACAUUAUUCGGGAUACCGAAUUCUUUCAUGGCCGUGCACAGUUUUAUUUUGACUGUCCUAUCAUAAACGGCUUUGAAGUCGAUACAAAGCUGAUGCAACUGAUAUCCAUAUCCCAGUAGUUUUUCCAUCACUUGCCGCAGAAAGAAAAUCUGAUCUUUUGCUGAUUAGCCUGUUCGGUAUGGUCAAUGGUGUUUUGAGCUUAUGGCCGCCAGGCAUUAAUUCGCUGUCCUACACCUUGCGCAUAAGUUGAUGAACCUCUUGGUGUAGUUGCCUCCAUAUUUGACCAGGUCAGCUGUA